GAUGCUGGAAUUUCCAAAAUUACGAGAAGAUGCAUUCAGAAUAUGCGGAUCCCUUGUCUAGACAUAAUUUCAGACAUGAAUUUGAAAGUAAAAGCAUCAUAUUCUCAGAAGAAUUUGAGAUCAAUAGGUUCAAUUCUAGGAAAAUCCUUUGCACAAAAACCGCCGACGUAAAUAGAUAGGUCUCCUCUCUUGAAUAUCUUUUAGCAAAUUUUGGAAAUUCCAGCGCCCUACCCCAAUUCUGUCUUUUACCUUAUUUGCCUAUAUAUUUGAAGGUUGAUGUUUAAGAAAUAUUAUUUUGGUGAUAACCUCAAGAAGCACAAGUGUUAGCGGAACAAUUUUUGAAAAACUACCAAAAUUUACCUCCCCUUCUACCGAACUUUUGCUCGAGCAGGUUCCCAUCACUGAUGCAGCGACUUGUAUUGGUAGUCAUACGAAUUUACGGCAGAAGCAUGAGUUUUCAGGAGAACUUAAUACUGCGCGUACAAAAUUAUAAUGAAUUGUACAAUUUAAGUGACAGAAAUUAUAGCAACCAUCAAAGAAAAGAGGAAAUAUGGCGGGAAAUAGCAGAGCAAGUUGGAGAAAAAAGUAAGUAUGUUUAAAAUUCAUUUAUUCUGUUGAAAAAAUUAUUGAAUGAAUCAUUUUUUUGCUUUAUUACAUUUUUCAAAUGAAAUUGCGUCUUCCACGUCGUACUUCUUGUAACUGCCAAUCAACAGCACCUUCGGGAGAAUUAAAAUAAUUUUUGAAAAACUCUCUGACCUGUAUUGCUUGUUGGGCGCUGUUACCCCCAAUACCAUGAAGAGGACGAAAUAUUUCUGAUGAAGCUCUUACAUCGCAUUGGUCGUCUUCGGUCCAAUAGCAAUUAUCUUCUCUUAAAUAAUUGUGUAAUACACAUGUUGCUUUAACGACAACAUUAAUAUGUUCUGGUGCCAUAAUUAACGUUCGCCCAUAAAUCCUAAAUUUUUUACUCAAUAACCCGAACGCAUUUUCACUUACUCGACGAGCCCUGCUAUGUCUGUAAUUAUAUAUCCGUUUUUCUUCGUCAUUUGCUGUUUGAUAGCCAGGAUAUGGUCUCAUCAGAUUUGUAGAAAGAGGAAACGCUUCGUCACCUACUAUCACGUGAGGUAAAAUUAUAUUGGUUCCUGGUAGAGCUUUAUCAGAAGGUAUUUCUAAUCGUUUGCUUCGCAAUAAUUGUCCGAGUGUCGAUGAAGUAAAUAUGGCACCAUCUGAAUUUUUUCCAUAAGAGCCGACAUCAAUAAUGAUGAAUUUAUAGUCAGCUGAUACUAAGGCUAGCAAUACAACGCUAAAUGUUUUUUUGUAGGAAAAGUACAAAGAACCAGAAUUCGGUGGAGCUUGGAUAACUACGUGUUUUCCGUCAAUUGCUCCAAUCACAUUUGGAAAAUUCCAGCGUUGCAAAAAUUUUUUUUCUAUAUCUUUCCACAUUUGUUCAGAUGGUUGCGGCAUUUCCUUGGGCUGUAAUUGAUCCCAUAUAGCUUCACAGGUCUUGUAAACGAUUUUUCGGACAGUGCUUUCUCCCAUGCGGAACGAAUAGGCCAUCGAUUUGAAUGAAUUUCCUGUCGCUAGGAACCUAUGAAACAAAAUUAUAUAUCAAACCCUUUGUUCCAGGUGAAGUCUGUAAAGAAACGUGGAAAAAAUUGCGGGAUAAUUAUAGAAAAGCUAAACAGUUGAGGAAAACUAAAAGUGGUCAAGGUGCCAAGACUUUAAGGCCAAUAAAGUUUGAAAAGGAAUUGGCAUUUCUUAACCCUCAUUUCCAGCAACCACCGGAAUUACAAGCGAGUAAUUUAUCGGUCCCUAGCUCAGGUGAUGAAGAUGAUGCUGACAAUUCUAUCCAGCAACCAACGGAAUGCUUUUCUGAACCAGCAACCCCAGAUUCGGUGAAAAGUGUUUCGAGUGCCUCGACGUCGCGUCUAAGCGAUGGAUUAAAACGAAAACGCAUGCAUGUGCAGCAGUCGCCAAUGCAGGAAUAUCUGCAGUUCAAGCGAGAACAGCAAACAUUGCAGCAGGCAGACAAACAUCCCCUUGAUGUAUUUUUUUCUUCGAUGGCUGCAACGGUUAAGACAUUUCCUGCUGCACUACAAAUUAAAAUCAAACAACAGAUUUUUCAUUUGAUAACAGAUACCGAAGCAUCACUUAUAACUUCGGGAAAUUCCAUCCCAGGGCCUUCACAAUAUGCUGUCCAAACUGAAGCUUCCCCUCCAUCGCAAAAUGCCUCCCACAACAUAUCAGCAGGAGCAGGACCUUCCCAAUACGCCAGACAAACUUUAGGUUCCGUUUCCGGAACCACUGAUUACCACAAUGUGCCACAGAAUUUUUCCAAAUGAAUGGAUUUAUUUUCAGUUUUUAUUGUUCCUACUUUGAUAUUUAACAGAAAUAUUUCAUAAGUUCGUUGUUGCAUAUUUUUAGAUCUAACUUAUAUCAAAGAAUAACUUUUAUGUUUUGUUAUUUAUGAUGUUAAAAAUAAAAAUAUAUUUAUACAAGAGGUUUUUCGUUUUGUGUCAGCCGUAAAAAUAUAACCUCCAUCUACUAUAUAUAA